GGAACCAGAAAGAAAAACCACUUCCCUGCCCUGUUGCUGCCGGAGGGAACCGUUAAUUCUGUUGUGUUACUGCCGGCUGCUGCUGUAGAGAGCCCCCGCGGAGGGACAGCUGUUGCAGAGGAUGACUCACUUACAGGCUGGCCUCUCUCCAGAGACCCUGGAGAAGGCCAAGGUGGAGCUGAAGGAAAACCCGGAGACUUUACACCAGGACAUCCAGGAGGUCCGGGACAUGAUCAUCACCCGGCCAGACAUCGGUUUCCUCAGGACAGACGACGCCUUCAUCCUCAGGUUCCUCAGGGCCAGAAAGUUCAACCACUUCGAGGCGUUCCGGCUGCUGGCUCAGUACUUUGAGUACAGACAGCAAAACCUGGACAUGUUCAAGAACCUGAAACCCACAGACCCGGGGAUUAAACAAGCCCUGAAGGAUGGCUUCCCUGGCGUGCUGUCUAACCUGGACAGAUAUGGCAGGAAAAUCCUGGUCCUGUUUGCAGCCAACUGGGACCAAAGCAGAUACACAUUUGUGGACAUCCUGAGGUCAAUCCUGCUGUCGCUGGAAUCCAUGAUAGAGGAUCCCGAGCUGCAGGUCAACGGCUUCAUUCUCAUCAUCGACUGGAGCAACUUCACCUUCAAGCAGGCGUCCAAACUGACGCCCAGCAUGCUGCGGCUGGCCAUCGAAGGGCUGCAGGACAGCUUUCCUGCCAGGUUUGGAGGGAUCCAUUUCGUGAACCAGCCCUGGUACAUCCACGCCCUCUACACCGUCAUCAGACCUUUCCUCAAGGACAAAACCAGGAAGAGGAUCUUCAUGCACGGCAACAACCUGAACAGCCUCCACCAGCUCAUCCACCCAGAGAUCCUGCCGUCUGAGCUGGGGGGGAUGAUGCCGCCGUACGACAUGGGGACGUGGGCCCGCACGCUGCUGGACCACGCCUACGACGAGGAGACGGACUACUGCCCCGAGUCCUACACCCUGUCGGUCCAGGACCUGGAGAGAGACCUGGAGAAGAACAUGUCUCCAAAAAGCAUGAAGAGGUCUCAGUCAGUGGUGGAGCCAGGAGUCCUGAAGAGACCAGACAAAGUCAAGAGUGAAGAAGACAACAUGCAGCCGCUGCUCUCGCUGGACUAAAACCACAAGAUUACAGCUCAGAAGCAGAAACAACGUUGCAACACACGGAAACACUCAUCUGUGCACACGUCCUGCAAAAAGACCUUCCUGCAGGAAACUUUGCUGCAGCUUUUGGAAGAACAGACGACCUGCAGAGCGGAGGCAUCUCCCUUGGACAAAAGAGCUCGUGAUGUUCUUCGAUACAGGAUAUUUAUUUAUUUAGUUACAUGUCAAGUGCCAAUUCCAGAAUCUGUAAAUAUGACGUCUUUAAACAAUCCAGAAAAAGCAGGGAAGGUGCAGAGCAGGCAGAGGUGCCACGAAUGUGUGAAGUUCUACCCCAGUUUCAAACUAUCCCAUCGAUUGAAGGACGAGAAGAAACUUUACAUCAGAUUUCAAGGAAGACUUGAGGCCGCAGCUUCCAAAUAAGCAUUUUUAUUUUAUUUUUAUUGUUUUUGUGCAGUAAUCUGAAGAAAACCAUCCACCUGGGCAGGAAGGAACGCUCAGAUUAAUCAGG